UCUCCUCUUCCUUCUCCUCAACCUAUUCGCUGCACAGCACAGGGACUGCACUGUGGACUUCUGCGGGAAAGUAGAGCUGAAAUGGGGAAGAUGCAAGUCUUGGGUGUUGUUGCGGUAGUAUUAGCCCUGUACUGCGUACAUGCAAAGGUUUACUUUCGUGAGGAGUUUCUGGACGGCGAUGAAUGGAGGAGUCGCUGGGUGAACUCCAAACACAAGUCUGACUAUGGAGAGUGGAAACUCACGGCUGGGAACUUCUAUGGAGAUGCGGAAAAAGACAAAGGUACGAGUUGUGAUGAUGAGCUGAGUCACCUGUACACGCUGAUCCUGAAUCCAGAUCAGACCUAUGAGGUCAAGAUUGACAAUGAGAAGGUGGAAUCUGGCAGUCUGGAGGACGACUGGGACUUCUUGCCUCCUAAGAAAAUUAAGGACCCCGAAGCCAAGAAGCCAGAGGACUGGGAUGACCGUGCUAAGAUUGAUGAUGCUGAUGACACCAAGCCUGAGGACUGGGACAAACCUGAAAACAUUCCAGAUCCUGAUGCCAAAAAGCCUGAAGACUGGGAUGAAGAUAUGGAUGGAGAGUGGGAGCCACCCAUGAUCCCCAACCCAGACUACAAAGGAGAAUGGAAACCCAAACAAAUUGACAACCCCAACUACAAAGGGCCAUGGGUGCAUCCUGAGAUUGACAAUCCUGAAUACAGCGCGGAUUCGAACAUCUACAAGUUUGACAACAUUGGUGUUUUAGGUCUUGACCUUUGGCAGGUGAAAUCUGGUACCAUCUUUGACAACUUCCUGAUCACGGAUGAUGUGAAGGAAGCAGAAGACAUUGCGCAGGAGACAUGGGGCGUGACAAAGGAACCGGAGAAAAAAAUGAAACAGGAACAAGAUGACUUGAAACGAAAAGAAGAGGAGGAGAAGAACAAAGAACAAGACACUGAAGCUGAUGAAGAGGAAGACCUGGAUGAAGAGGAAGAUGAGGACGAGGAAGAAGGAGAGGAAGAAAUAAAAGAUUUCGAGGAAGCAAUUUCAGAAAUGGAUAACAAGGAAGCAAAGCCGGACCAUACCGAGCUUUGAGAAGGUGUGGCCAGAGAUAUCCUCUGCCCCUCCUUCAGAAACUCUGUCCUGUUUUUUCCAGGGGUAUUGUGGCUGCUGUGCAUCCUUUCCCUGAGAUUUGGACACAACCCAACUUGGGGGUCUAAUGUAGUAAAUGGGGGCAAGUGGGUGUUACUGGACUUGGUGUCUUUCAUUUUGUUCAAGGUGUAACCCCUGAACUGCUGGUUUGAUUCUAAGGUUUUCUACUGACAAAGUUCAUUCCUCAUUUUUUAAUGACAGAGAAUCGUUGGCACUGUCAUUUGCUGUUUUCUUUUUCUUGUUUUUGUUUUAUUUCCAGGAUUGACACAUCUGCUUUUUUUUUUACAGAUUCCCUUUGUAGCUGCUUGUCAGUAUACCUUGAAAACUAACUAAAAGCUGUGGUAAAUAUUUCUUUCAGCCUAGUGAAAGUAAAGUGCACGUAGCUCAGCAUAUAAUGCAUAAACCAAAAGACUUAACCUCCCAAAAAUCUGAAUCGAGACAAAUCAAGACUAAUGUAUUGUCAUUUAUUUUUGGUUUAAUGUCUGCAGCACUGACUAUUUGUUUUCCAUUUCACACCUUCAGAGCAUAAUCAGGUGAAAUGUUCAGACAUGAAUAAAUCCUAAUCUACUUAAACAAUGUUCUUUUUUUUUUUUUUUUUGUCAUUGAAUUGAUUUCACUCAAACAUGUCUCCAGAAAAAUGUGAUGGGACCUGCAUUGUAUCCUGAAAGUCUGGCCAAACAGAUACUGAGCCCCUGAUGUGACUGCUGUGAGGGUUACACAGUUAUUUUUAUUGGACAGAAUGUUAUUGAUACCAAAGUUUUUAUUAAAAGAUUGAUACCUUA